AUGUGGUGGCACACAGUUGCGUCGUCGUCGACUACGUCGUCGUCGUCGACUACGUCGUCGACUACGUCGUCGACUACGUCGUCGACUACGUCGUCGACUACGUCGUCGACUACGUCGUCGACUACGUCGUCGACUACGUCGUCGUCGUCGACUACGUCGUCGACUACGUCGUCGUCGUCGACUACGUCGUCGACUACGUCGUCGUCGUCGACUACGUCGUCGACUACGUCGUCGUCGUCGACUACGUCGUCGACUACGUCGUCGUCGUCGUCGUCGUCGUCGUCGUCGUCGUCGUCUACGUCGUCGUCGUCGUCGUCGUCGACUACGUCGUCGUCGUCGUCGACUACGUCGUCGUCGUCGUCGUCGUCGUCGUCGACUACGUCGUCGUCGUCGUCGUCGUCGUCGUCGACUACGUCGUCGUCGUCGUCGUCGACUACGUCGUCGUCGUCGUCGUCGACUACGUCGUCGUCGUCGUCGUCGACUACGUCGUCGACUACGUCGUCGUCGUCGUCGUCGACUACGUCGUCGACUACGUCGUCGUCGUCGUCGUCGUCGUCGUCGACUACGUCGUCGUCGUCGUCGUCGACUACGUCGUCGUCGUCGUCGUCGACUACGUCGUCGUCGUCGUCGUCGACUACGUCGUCGUCGUCGUCGUCGACUACGUCGUCGUCGACUACGUCGUCGUCGACUACGUCGACUACGUCGUCGUCGACUACGUCGUCGUCGACUACGUCGUCGUCGACUACGUCGUCGUCGACUACGUCGUCGUCGACUACGUCGUCGUCGACUACGUCGACUACGUCGUCGUCGACUACGUCGUCGUCGACUACGUCGACUACGUCGUCGACUACGUCGACUACGUCGUCGUCUACGUCGACUACGUCGUCGUCGACUACGUCGUCGUCGACUACGUCGUCGUCGACUACGUCGUCGUCGUCGUCGUCGACUACGUCGUCGUCGUCGUCGUCGACUACGUCGUCGUCGUCGUCGUCGACUACGUCGUCGUCGUCGUCGUCGACUACGUCGUCGUCGUCGUCGUCGUCGACUACGUCGUCGUCGUCGUCGUCGACUACGUCGUCGUCGUCGUCGUCGUCGACUACGUCGUCGUCGUCGUCGUCGUCGACUACGUCGUCGUCGUCGUCGUCGUCGACUACGUCGUCGUCGUCGUCGUCGUCGACUACGUCGUCGUCGUCGUCGUCGUCGUCGACUACGUCGUCGUCGUCGUCGACUACGUCGUCGUCGUCGUCGUCGACUACGUCGUCGUCGUCGUCGUCGACUACGUCGUCGUCGUCGUCGUCGACUACGUCGUCGUCGUCGUCGUCGACUACGUCGUCGUCGUCGUCGUCGACUACGUCGUCGUCGACUACGUCGUCGUCGACUACGUCGUCGUCGUCGUCGUCGGCUACGUCGUCGUCGUCGUCGUCGACUACGUCGUCGUCGUCGUCGUCGGCUACGUCGUCGUCGUCGUCGUCGGCUACGUCGUCGUCGGCUACCGACUACGUCGUCGUCGUCGUCGUCGGCUACAUCGUCGUCGUCGUCGUCGUCGGCUACGUCGUCGUCGUCGUCGUCGUCGUCGGCUACGUCGUCGUCGUCGUCGUCGGCUACGUCGUCGUCGUCGUCGUCGGCUACGUCGUCGUCGUCGGCUACGUCGUCGUCGUCGUCGUCGGCUACGUCGUCGUCGUCGUCGUCGGCUACGUCGUCGUCGUCGUCGGCUACGUCGUCGUCGUCGUCGGCUACGUCGUCGUCGUCGUCGGCUACGUCGUCGUCGUCGUCGGCUACGUCGUCGUCGUCGUCGGCUACGUCGUCGUCGUCGUCGGCUACGUCGUCGUCGUCGUCGGCUACGUCGUCGUCGUCGUCGACUACGUCGUCGUCGUCGUCGACUACGUCGUCGUCGUCGUCGACUACGUCGUCGUCGUCGUCGACUACGUCGUCGUCGUCGUCGACUACGUCGUCGUCGUCGACUACGUCGUCGUCGACUACGUCGUCGUCGACUACGUCGUCGUCGACUACGUCGUCGUCGUCUUCUUCUUCCGUGAAGGAGAUUCAGAUGUAAAGGGGUCCUUAAUAGUGGGGAAGGGGGAUUUUGGUUUGGUGGGGGAGGUUGAGCCAUGGUGGGCUCCCUCUUUGAAUUCCAGCCUCAUGUGCCUGGCAGAUGUCACUUCUCACAGCUCAGAGCUCGUGGCACCAUUGGGUAUUGUGGAGCCACAAUGGGUAGCAAGGAAUGGCUAUGGAUCUCACGGGCAGUCGGUGUCUUGA